AUGGCGGACGAAGAAGACGGUUUAAAUGAGUUACGUGAAAGAUUAUCGAGCCAUUCUGCUUGUUUUAAUUCUUUACUCGAGCUUAUUCCAGCAAGGUAUUAUUUUGCCGAGAAUGAGGAAGAGAAAACCAAUAAAUUUUAUAAAAAUAAGAAGCAUAAGGCGCCGAAACAAGCUGUUAAAGAGGCGACGAAGAAAGCCAAAUUGAGUAGACUUGACCCAAGUCAGCAUAAAACAGUGCCUGAAAUACAAGUAGAACUGUCAGAUGAGGAUGGGAAAACAGCGAAAUAUGGACGUGUUGUUAGUGUUGAAGACGUAACUUGUUCAAGUAUUGGCGACCUCAGGACAAAACUUCAUGAACGUAUCGAGUUAUUGAAAAGGAAGCGUAAAGCUCCUUCAAAUUUCAACAAUGAAAGCGAUAGGCCAGUAAAGAAAGCUAAAAACUCCGCUAAGCAGAGAGAAAAUAAGACAAACAAGAAAAAGACUGUAAACUCAAGCCAGAUAAACUCUAAAACUGCUGUAAACAACAAGAAAACCAUUGUUAAUAGUGAAGGACGAGUUGUCUUUAGUAAGUUUGACUUCACUUCUGAUGUGACUAAAUCACAAGGAAAAGGGAAGGGGGGUGCAAAGAAGAACUAUAAAAAGUUGUUGGAAAAAGCUGAAAGCAGGAAAAAGAAAAUGGAAGAAAUGAAAGGAGAUAAUAGUGAAAAAUCAAAAGAGAUUAUCGAGACAGCAAAAUGGUCGAAAGCUCUUGGAAAGUCGGAAGGAGUAAAGCAAAAGGAUGAUCCGGCAUUGUUGAGGAAGGCGAUUAAACGCAAAGAGAAGCAGAAAAAGAAACAUCAGAAAGAAUGGAAGGAAAGAAUGGAGAAUCAAAAGCAACAAAUGAAAGACAAGCAAGAUCGAAGACAAAAGAACAUUCAAAAUCGCAUCGAUAUGAAGAAGAAGAAAGGUGGACGGACACCAGGAUUUUAA